GGGACACCCGGGGACCAGCCAGUCGACGCCCGCAGAGACCCUUGCAAGCCACCCUUGUCAUCCACAAUAGGGUCAGACAUCUCACGCCCAAGGCGCCUGAGGCUGAACGACCACCCUUUCCAGCCCGGAAUUUCGCAGAGAAAUACCACGUCGACAGUUCUCAUCCCAUUGCCAUGUCCACCAUCAUCGACCAUCGCCAUGAGCGUCAUGAUGGACAGAGCGAGUCGUGCUCUGCGGCAAUAUGCCUCUUUUCGACUUCCUCCCGAUGUUAAAGAGCGGGCUAUGAAAGAUACCGGCUGGGCCGAUGUAGGUGGCGUUCGCAAAAAAAAUUCAAAAGAGCAACGGCCGUUUAUUGACACUCUAGAACCAGGGCCUACGAGGCAUUGCAGCAGUAUUUGUUGUUUCAUCCCAUGUUGUUAUAUGUUAUGCAAGAGCUCUGGUUCCGCCAUGCUGUGCCUUCUUCAGCGAACAACCAUACCUUUUUCAGCGACCUGUUUUUCGCCUUGUGGCCAGCGGUCACUCAUGGGUGGCCAUUUUCUUCAUCCUUAUGGGCUUCGUCAAUGCAUUGAAGCCCAUUCAACUCGCCAGAAGCGAUCAAGUCGAUAAAGCCCUGCAGAAACUGGCCUCGUCGUCGUUCAGUCGCAUCUUUCGGCUCGUCCUCCCGGCUACUACCGCUACCAUCAUCUCUUGGUUCAUUUGCAAUCUGGAUCUGUAUUCCACGUCGGCACAGAGUGAUGCAUAUUGGCUGUACACAAACACUCCCGAACCUAGCCCCACCUGGAUUGACGCAGUUCUGGAUCUGUUGCACGGUCUGCGGGCGACUUGGACUUAUGGUGACGAAAACGAAUACGAUCAACCCCAGUGGGCUCUUGUGUACCUGCUCCAAGGGAGCAUCAUGAUCAUCAGCGCUUUGUCGCUGGUUGUGACCAUGACCCCUACCUGGCGCACAAUCACCCUGGUUUUUCUGGCGUAUUGGUCUCUGAAUUGGAGCCGCAUGAUUGGAGAUCCCUGGGCUGGUCUCUGCUGCUUUUUAGGCAUUGCCCUGAGUGAACUCAGCCUCUCGGGCAUCCCCAAGCUUUUGGCACCCUACUCACCUUAUAUUUCACCACCUGUCAUUUUGAUUUCUCUCAUCUUCAUGUCGUAUCCUGGUUCCUUUGCUGAAACGGCGUCCUGGUCCCUGUGGCUUCGGGAUUUCGCGACACAGUACUUCCCUUCCGAAGCGACGAGCGCUCUCGAGCGCAUGUACGGCUCUCUGGGCGGCAUUCUUCUUGUCAUUGGUAUUCUCAUCUCCCCCCACGCCCGUUGGAUGUUGAGCCGCCCACCUCUGCUGUGGCUUGGAAAGGUCAGCUUUGCGAUUUAUCUUAUUCAUGGCAUGUUCUUAAGGACCGUCUUCGCAUGGGCACUACACCUCGGCCACUCGAAACAGAUAUUCACCGAACACACACCAGAUGGCGAAGAGUAUCAUGAGGAGCGGUACCCGUUGCCGGGACCUUUCCAACGUGCUCUUGCGACUGUGGUCAUGGCCGCCUGUCUCGGUGUGGCAAGCCACUUCUGGAAUUUGAAAUUGGAGCCGCUUUUUGCAAGAAUCACGGCCAAGCUUGAAGGAAUCGUCACAGGAAAGGUCGAGACAGAGCCCAAGUCCAAUGGAGGCGCCAUCCUUCCGUUGCGCAAGGACUGAAGACGAUUAUGGAGACGAUGCCACAACAUGGCCACGAAAUAUAUGGUUCAAUCUUCGGAUUGGCAAGUUCGCCGGUUGUCACCUUUGGCUUUCAUCCAAACACGACUCGACUCGAACAUCGGCAGGGCACGCGCCGUACUCACCACUUGUAGUGAGAGGGCUUGCUGCGCUCAGGGUAAUUCGACUACGGUGAAAGUCAUGCUGACGCUCAGUGGUCUUCUCGUCUCCUCUCAGACGAGCAUCACCUGCUCAUCUGGAGCGUCAGGACCCAAAGCCGAAACUCCAUGCCGGUCCCUUUGACAAACCCAAGAUGCGUGGCGAGAUCCAUGCCAUUUCUUUCACGGGGGAGGCUGACAUGCUAUGCGAGACAUGCAUCGGAAGAAGCUGAUCCCAAGAUCUAGAGUUAUAAGCAAAUAUUUGUGCCAGAAAUGCAGGAUACAAAAAGCCGGCGGGCGUGACAAGAUUUUGCUGUUAUGAUUUCCAAUCAGACAUACUAUCUAUGUACGGGUGCGCCCAAUGGGGGCGUUUAGUGGACGCUGGCCGGUACACGGGACGGGAAAAUUUUGCUCUUGGGUUCUUGCUAUCGGAAUGGGCAUCGUUAUCUCGGUAUGUGUGGGGAGCUGCACGAGGCUGAAGGAGGAAGUGUUGAGUGAAAGCCUACAGCCCUCCCUCCGCCCAUCACUUCGGACCCUGCAUCUUCAUUUGGUUUUCCUCAGUAUAGCCUUCGGUGUCCGUUCAGACACGGCAUACCCGUAAGUUCUAGUUUCUCCAUGGACCGUGGACGGAUUCCGGUCCCUCUUCUACGCAUGAG